ACAAUUCACUCACAGAUGAGCUCCAAGAUCGGUAGCAGCGAUCAUCCACCAUUCGUGUGUUUCAGUUCGUUAUCAGCCGUAAACAUUCACGGUGUGGACAAAAUGUUUCUUAGAGCAUCAAGCGGAAUUUGUCUUUUACUGGUUUCAGUAUCGACAGUGGCAAUAGAAUUAAGCUGCAGCAUCGUUCAUCCACUUCCGAUCGCUUCCGAGCGUCAUAUCUUCAACUCGAUGUACACUGCCUUACGCAAGCAGGAAGAUUACGAGGAAGUGUGCAUCAUAGCUAGUGCCAAGCUUAACAGCACAGACGUCGAAGUGACAUUCCCGAAACAACGACACAUAGAACUGUUCUACCCGACGAUCCCCACCAUCGGUUCGGAUUUGUUUCGUCAGCUUGACGAAGUUACCUUGAACUUGGAACUUCGCAAGGGCAACGUGAGUGAGUUACUGUUUGGUAUGAGUAAACUGAAUCAUCUGAAAAUAAGUGAUACAGGUUUGAGUCGUUUCGAGGUGCUGUCAGCGACUGAUCACACCCUGCAGACGCUCGUUAUACACGAACGACUCAUAACUGUGCUGCCGACGAAUGUUCACUUCCUUGCCGAGCUUAAACUGCUUGACCUUUCCGGCUGUUCGCUGACUAUAGUUGACCUGAGCCAACUGAAUGGAUUGUAUGCACUGAGCGUCUUAAAUCUCGCCGACAAUCAGUUGUCCACAGUCGAAGGUAGCGAGCGUGUUGAAUUACCGGCCCUUACCAAGUUUGAUGUGCAGCAAAAUGAGCUGUCACGAAUCGAUCGUUUCCCGGAAAUGUUUCCUGAGCUUAAAUUCACACGAAUCAUGCAAAACCGUUGGGACUGUGAGUGGGUUAGUGAGGUGCGAGAAAAAAUCUGGAGAAAAAAUAUCACCGUCCUGGGGACGGACUUUCGCUGUGGUCGUAGAAUUAACAAUGGUGGACUGUGUUGUUCCUAUGCGAAUCCAUUCCGAGCGCGUCUAGCAAUUGCCAAAGCACUGCUCUCCGUGCUCGAUGAGCUGAACGCACCGUCAAAUGACGUUAGCGCUGGUGCACAAUCGAUAGAUCCGCUGAUAACGUUCAAAGUGUUCGAGAAUGAGACCAUCGAUGGAGUGAUUGGGGUGGAGAUGCGAAACGUUGGAAUCUACUUGCAAGAUCCCAUUGGGACUGUGUAAACAGAUUG